AUGAGCGUCAGUCGACCUUCACAGUGCCUCUUGUGCAUCUUCAGACGAUCACAACGAUUAGCGACUCCACGAACACAUCGGUCCUUCACUACGACCCGGACUCGACGAAACGACAAGUCAGGCGAUGGCGAUGGACAGAAGGUCCCCGAGGUCACGAUCACUGAGCAGGGCAUAAGAUCGCAGAAAACGAAACUGAAAGAAUGGAGCCAGCAAUAUAAUCCGCGUCAACAAGAAGCCAUCAAAGCUGCGCAAGAAAUUAUAGGAGACAAAUUCGAAGAGGGCAAGAACGUGGGACGAACAGAUCCAUGGUCUUUGGACUACUACGAUGACUUUGAGAAAAUCGAUCCGUUUGCCGAUAUCCCAGUUCGUGCACCGUGGAAGAACCUCGACGAUGAUGCUCGGUUAAGGACGACGGAAGAGGCAAUGUCCGAAUUCUUGGAAUUCGAGCAGAGCCUGCCAGAGAAGACAAAACCUGGCGAGGACUCCAACGGCAUGAAGGUCCUCAAGAAGUUUGACGAAAUGAGACUUCUGACGGGACGCCUCGAGAAUGAAUUAGACCCUCCAUCAGCCAUGAUGCCCACAGCUCCAGCUCCAAGGAAGGUUGUAACACCAAAAAACCAGCCCUCAGCCAAAGCAGACGGAGAAUCAGAGAGACAGCCGAAGGGUUUCGCGAGAUCUUUUACGCCAGAGAUGGUGCGCUUGAUGCAAAUGACAGGACUCAAUGCGGAAGCGUUGGGCAAGCUAAGGGUAAAGACAAUCGUCUCAGACCGUGUCAGCAAUCAAACUCGCUUGGGCAAAAUCCACAAAAUGAAGUUCAUCAGCAUCGCUGGGAAUGGUGACGGCCUUCUGGGAAUUGGGGAAGGCAAGUCAGACGAGCCUAGCAAUGCGAGACUUCAAAGCCAAUAUCGAGCCAUUCGGAGCAUGCAACCCAUCAAGCGAUACGAGAAACGCACAAUAUUCGGCACCGUCAAUGCGAAGGUCUCCGCUACCGAGCUGGAGCUGUAUGAUCGACCUCCUGGCUUUGGUCUCCGGUGUCAGCACUUGAUCUGGGAGAUGGCCAAUUGCGCCGGCAUCUUUGAUCUCGCUGCUCGUGUUACACGAGCUCGUAACCCCAUGAACACUGUGAAGGCCGCCUAUAAAGCGCUCUUGUCCCAAAAGGACCCGGAAGAUAUAGCCCGUGGCAGGGGCAAGAAGCUGGUCGAUGUGCGGAGAGUCUACUACGCUGGGGGUCUCCAGCAGUAG